GCCAGCGCAUGAAGAAAGACAGUCAUUUUGAACUAGUGGGAAGUUUCCAUUUCCUCAUUUAUUUCUAGUUUAAUAAGUACUUUGGUUAGGUCAAUACCAAACUUAUAUUCCUCUUUUCAACACGCAUAAAACUCCCAUCCAUAACGUCUUUUCUUUCGUCUUCUAUUCUUCUUCAACCUCAGCUACCUCACAUAUUCGAACCGAUCAUAACUUUCAUUUAUAUAAUCAUUAUAUCAAGCUCAUUUCCAAUCUCCUCUCUACCUUUCAAUUCAUUGCAAUUUCUCAGGCCAAUAUUCAACGAAUCCGAAUUCAAGUCAAGGAGGCACGAAGAGCUCACAAAGAGUUUCGCUAUUUAGCUCUUCAAAAUCCAAGGGAGAGAUUAAAUUGGAAAGGCCCCUUAUUUUAAAUAGGGUGUAAUUAGCGUUAAUGGACAUGUCUCUACGAGCUAGAUCAACCAUCUCUAAACAAGAAUCGACAUCGUCUGAUGCAUCCGAAAUUCCAUUACUCCCUACUAAUAAUAACAACGGCAACAACAACAAUAAUCUUGUACCAGAUUCUUUAGAACGGCCGCUAGUACCACGACUGUCAAUUUCUCAGCGCGCCUUAGAAACCACCGCAAAUUUAGCCAACCUACUUCCAACAGGAACCCUCUUAGCAUUCCAACUUCUAAUCCCAAUUUUCACGAACAAUGGCUCGUGUGACACAGCCACACGUCCCAUGACAUUAAUCCUCCUUGCAUUACUAGCCUUUUCUUGCUUUAUAGCUUGUUUUACUGAUAGCUUUAAAGCACCAGACGGACAAAUUUACUAUGGCUUAGCCACAUUCAAAGGGUUGUGGAUUUUCGAUUACAACGCAGCAACAGCUUCAGGAGUUCCUAAUGAAUUGAACAAGUAUAGAGUUGGGUUCAUUGAUUUAGUACAUGCUGUGCUAUCUGUUCUUGUAUUUGUUGCAGUAGCUUUGAGAGAUAAGAAUGUGGUGAGUUGCUAUUAUCCAAGUCCAAAUCAUGAAACAAAACAGGUACUUGAUGUGGUUCCUAUUGGGAUUGGGGUAAUUUGUAGCUUGUUAUUUGUGGUCUUUCCAACAAGGAGACAUGGCAUUGGCUUCCCUGUCACACCUGACAGACGGUAAUUUUUUUUUUUUGUUAAUGUCUGUAACAAGUGAAAACUGUAACAUUUGUUGUUGUAUUUAUCAUGGAUCCAUCUUUGAUUUGUAGUAUUAUGUUUUGCAAAGUCAUUGAUUAUUUAAUUAA